AUGAUGCGCCGAAAAGAGAUUUAUACCAAUAUCACACCCAUCCCCUCGUCCGUGCCCCGCCAACUAGCCCUUGACAUCCUCCACAGCCAUAGUGAAAUCAUCACACUAAACCCACUCGUCCUCUCACAUCAGCCGAUCAGUGCUCCACGGGAUGCCGUCGCCGACGAGUACUACUCAACGUGGUACGAGAUCACCGAACGGGUGCAAUACGUUCCGGGGCUGGGUAAGAUUGGGUCGGGCAAGAUCAGCUUCAAAGGCUGUUUCCACAAUGUCGCAUGGGGGCUAGAAACGCACAUGUACGCACCGAUGGGAAUCGACCUCCGAAGCAAAUGGCGCGUCGCAGGCAAUCAGCGCGACGAACCGCCCGAGCCGCGAAACGGGUGCGCAGCCGGCGCCCCGCAAACGGGACUCUAUCUGCGCGAGGAUAUCGAGAUCGAAUGCAACCGCACGCUAAUCUCUUUCGUUAAGAAUCAGCUGAAGGCUGCUUCGAAGGUGUUGGUAGAUCGUCUGAUUAAGAAAGCUGAGCUUCUUGAUGCUGGUGUUUUGCAGGCUAUGAUGGAAGAUGGCAAAUUGACGACCUAUAAUCCGGCGGAUCGAUCGAGCAGGAUUAUCAGGGAGCCGUCGUAUUCGCGGAGGCAGUCGGAUCAAAUGUCGAGGUCGUCGUCUUCUCGGACACCGACAUCGCCGAUGGACUCGGCGCAGUUGGGACCGAUCGCUUCUGGGUAUGCCUUUCCGCCGCAGUAUGGGCAUGAACACAGUAAAAGCUUUGCUGUGGAGCUGCCGGCGGAUUUCUAUCAUCCGCAAUCUGGAUCUGAUAGAUAUCAAGAGUUGCCGGAUACCAGUCGACAUUCGAAAUCAUCACGGCUGGAUAAGGGAUAUAAAGAACUAUCUACUAUGGAAGAGACUUCAGAGGAGCGUAGUGAAGGGGCGUUACCUUAUAACCCUUCCAAACCGAAGGGCUAG